GGACCUUCCAGGUCCACAGCUGCUGCCCCCCGCGGCAGCGGCGAGCGUGGCCUCAGUCUGACUGGCGGCGGCGGCGAAGGCGGUGGCGGUAGCGGUCCCGCGGCGGCGGCGGUGACAGGUAAAGAACAUUUCCCCAGAGAAAAUGCAUUGUUUUGAAGGAACAAAAUAAAAAGAAAUUUUGCAAAGUUCACUUUUCAGUCUGUAAGGAAAUCUACAGUGUCUUCAACUCAAUUGGGCAAAGGAAGCAGUCAUGUUUCAUGAUUCCUCAAAACUGUGAGACAAGAGACUGUAGUAGAGUGAGGCCAGAAGUCCUUACUGGUUCAAAGAACUCCUGGGAAACUUGUGAUAGAACAUUUUGCAUUAUAAGUAGAGCCCCGGAGCCAGAGAUAUUUGUGAAUGAACUUUGCUAAGUAUGGAUUCAGGUGGUGGAAGUCUUGGAUUGCACACUUCAGAUGCUAGGAUGGCCCAUACCAUGAUUAUGCAGGAUUUUGUGGCUGGAAUGGCUGGUACUGCACAUAUCGAUGGAGACCAUAUUGUUGUUUCAGUUCCUGAAGCUGUAUUAGUUUCUGAUGUUGUCACAGAUGAUGGGAUAACUCUUGAUCAUGGCCUUGCAGCCGAAGUUGUCCAUGGGCCUGAUAUUAUUACAGAGACUGAUGUAGUAACAGAAGGUGUGAUUGUUCCUGAAGCUGUACUUGAAGCUGAUGUUGCCAUUGAAGAAGAUUUAGAAGAAGAUGAUGGAGAUCAUAUUUUGACUUCUGAACUAAUUACAGAAACCGUUAGGGUACCAGAGCAGGUUUUUGUAGCUGAUCUUGUUACUGGUCCAGAUGGACAUUUGGAACAUGUGGUUCAAGAUUGUGUUUCAGGUGUUGACUCUCCCACAAUGGUAUCAGAAGAAGUUCUUGUAACUAAUUCAGAUACAGAAACUGUGAUUCAAGCAGCUGGUGGUGUUCCUGGUUCUACUGUUACAAUAAAAACUGAAGAUGAUGAUGACGAUGAUGAUGUCAAGAGCACUUCUGAAGACUACUUAAUGAUAUCUUUGGAUGAUGUGGGGGAGAAGUUAGAACAUAUGGGGAAUACACCAUUAAAAAUCGGUAGUGAUGGCUCACAAGAAGAUGUUAAAGAAGAUGGAUUUGGUUCAGAAGUGAUAAAAGUGUAUAUAUUUAAAGCAGAGGCUGAAGAUGAUGUUGAAAUAGGUGGGACAGAAAUUGUCACAGAGAGUGAAUAUACCAGUGGACAUUCUGUAGCUGGAGUGCUUGACCAGAGCCGAAUGCAGCGAGAGAAAAUGGUUUAUAUGGCAGUCAAAGAUUCUUCCCAAGAAGAAGAUGAUAUCAAUGAAAGAAGAGUUUCCAGAAGAUAUGAAGAUUGUCAAGCAACAGGAAACACUUUUGACUCAGCAUUAGAAAACAGAAACACUACAGCAGCACAGUACCUUCAAAUUUGUGAUAGCAUUAACACAAAUAAAGUACUUAAACAAAAAAUCAAGAAGAGGAGAAGGGGGGAAACAAGGCAAUGGCAAACAGCUGUUAUAAUAGGCCCUGAUGGACAGCCCUUGACAGUAUACCCCUGCCAUAUUUGCACAAAAAAGUUUAAAUCCAGGGGAUUCUUAAAAAGACACAUGAAGAAUCAUCCUGAUCAUUUGAUGAGAAAGAAAUAUCAGUGUACAGAUUGUGACUUUACAACUAACAAGAAAGUUAGUUUCCAUAACCACUUAGAAAGCCAUAAGCUCAUAAACAAAGUUGAUAAAACCCAUGAAUUUACAGAAUACACUCGAAGAUACAGAGAAGCUAGUCCACUGAGUUCAAAUAAACUCAUCUUAAGAGACAAGGAGCCGAAGAUGCACAAGUGCAAGUACUGUGACUAUGAAACUGCCGAACAAGGACUGUUAAACAGACAUUUGCUGGCUGUUCACAGCAAGAAUUUCCCUCAUGUUUGUGUUGAGUGUGGAAAGGGUUUUCGUCAUCCCUCUGAACUCAAGAAACAUAUGAGAACCCAUACCGGUGAGAAGCCAUAUCAGUGUCAGUAUUGUGUCUUCAGGUGUGCAGAUCAGUCAAAUCUGAAAACUCACAUUAAGUCUAAGCAUGGUAACAACUUGCCGUAUAAAUGCGAGCAUUGUCCUCAAGCAUUUGGUGAUGAAAGAGAACUUCAGCGCCAUCUGGAUUUGUUUCAAGGACAUAAAACACACCAAUGUCCUCAUUGUGAUCAUAAGAGCACCAACUCAAGUGACCUUAAGCGGCACAUCAUAUCUGUCCAUACCAAGGACUUCCCUCACAAAUGUGAAGUCUGUGAUAAAGGUUUUCAUCGUCCUUCAGAGCUUAAAAAACAUAGUGAUAUUCAUAAGGGUAGAAAGAUUCAUCAGUGUAGGCACUGUGACUUUAAAACAUCAGAUCCAUUUAUUCUUAGUGGUCAUAUCCUUUCAGUUCAUACUAAAGAUCAGUCAUUGAAGUGUAAACGGUGCAAGAGAGGGUUCAGACAACAGAAUGAGCUCAAAAAGCACAUGAAGUCGCAUACUGGAAGGAAGAUUUACCAAUGUGAAUAUUGUGAAUACAGUACCACAGAUGCAUCUGGCUUUAAACGACAUGUGAUUUCCAUACAUACGAAAGACUAUCCACACAGGUGUGAAUUCUGCAAGAAGGGAUUCCGAAGGCCAUCAGAAAAAAACCAGCAUAUAAUGAGGCACCACAAGGAGACUCUUAUAUAGUAAGAUCAAUAUAAGGAAGUUAUUUACAAAAUAAGAUGCUAUUUGGGAGGAGAAUCACACUGUUUUAUCUGGUUUCAAAGCUUGAUAUUAAGUCAUACCUUUACAUUCUUUGUAUUAAAGAUCUUAAAAUGUUUGGAUUAGAAGGGGGAUCUCAUAGCCCUUUGAAAAUUACUUAAUGAAUUUAAGACGCACCAUAGGAUGGUUGCAGAGAAACUUAACUGUGUAUUAACAGUAUUAUAUGCAUAACUAAACUACAGAGGGGAAAGUUAAGACACCUUAUUUCAUUGGUCACACUAGAGAUAAGUUUUUGAAAGAAGAAUACAUAAUCGAUUUAGAAAUGCUUUGCUGUAGCAAGCAGCCUCACUUUUAUGCAAUUUUAGAAAUGGGGUGGGCAAAGAAAAUGCAGUCAUCCAUCAGUCACUUAGUCAUUGAGCCUUUUAUAUUGUACCUGGACAUUGGAUUCCAGAAAUGGCAAAUGUUUUGUGUAUUCGUUACAAAGAAUCUCACUGAGAAAAUAAGUUAUAUUAAUUCAGUGCUAGUAAAAAAAGAGAACUUAAGAGUUGCCAAUAUUUUAUCACAGGAUAGGAUGUUUAAGACAGUAUUCUGUGCUGAAAUCUGAAGUGAAAUAUAAGAAAUAAAGUUCCAGUUUUGGUGUUCAAGUAGAUUCAGUAUGGCAUAUAUGAUAAAGGUGUAUUUGAGUCAAAUGUGGCUUUCUAAAAUGGAUACAACUAUGUUACAAAGUCAGCAUUAUGUUUCUUAUAAUCUAAAUAUUAAAUUGAGAAAACAGUUUUCUUAAAUAUUAAAAUAUUUAGAAUUUUUAGGACAGUUUUAGUAAGUAUGACUAUUUAAGUCUUACUUGCGCUAAUGUUUAAAGGUGCAAUUUUAUGCCAUUAUUGAAAAGUUUGGUUUUUACAAUCUAUAUACCAUAUUCUUAAUAUAAAUUUUCAAUGAGGCGGUAUUUAUGCAGUAUUUAACAGAACAAUAUACUGCCAAUAGUGUUUGGAGGUGGAUAUUCAGUUUACAGUGUAUAAAUUUAAAAUAUGCAUCCGUUUAACAACACUUUGUGUUAGCAUGCUGCAAAUCAAAAUGGCACUUAAUAUUAAAAACUGGUGUAGGGAAUUUUAAUGAAAAUCCUGUUCAUAAAUGUAAUGCAUAUGAUGUGUACUUUUAAGUUUUAGUUGGCUUAAUUUAGUUUAUAUUCAGCUGUUCAGCAUAACUAAAAUGUAAUUUUUCUUCAUGCUAUAUUGUGGCCUUGUGUUUUAAGUAAUAUUUACCUUUCUGUUUUGCACCAGAUAAGAAUCAGUUACUUGAAAACAAAUUUUUUAUCUUUCUUAACUUCAGAAAACUAAAUUUGGAAAAUCUACUAAACUUGUGUGUUAUGUGGCUGUAAAUGAUGUACACGCUGUAAAAUAAGAUUGUUACUGUUAUGUGUACUUAUUAUUUCUAAAUGUUACUCAUUGAAAUGAGCAUACAAUAAAAAGCAUUUAUUGCACUUCAAA